AGUCGCCGCAGUGAGAGCGGUCAGUGCGCGCGCGAUCUAGCGGCACAGCGGCGGUGUGCUCGUCUGCCGGUCUCGGUGCCUCUCCUUCCCCGCCGGAGCACCGACCCCAUAACCUAGCGUCUCAGCGACCACGCCGCACGCAGGCGAGUUCAACCACGGAGGUGGCGCGCGGGAGAUGCCUGCGCCAGCAGCGCCGCGCCACGGCCCACGGAGCAGCUGAGGGACACACCCCUCCCCCGCCAUGGAGGACAACGAGGAGGCGCUGUUCGACGGCGUGAUGCGCGAGGUGGGCAUGGCGGGCCGCUUCCAGCGCCGCUUCAACCUGGUGUUCAACCUGGUGCUGGUGGUGUUCGCCACCAUGAGCAACCUCAACCUGGUGUUCGCGAUGGCGGUGCCGGCGCACUGGUGCCACGUGCCCGGCAGGGAGCGCGCCAACCUGACGCUGCACCAGUGGAAGUCCAUCACGCUGCCCAGGGAGAACAACAGCCGAGGCGUGGAGACGUUCGACAACUGCAACAUGUACAACUGGAGCGAGCCAAUCACCGAGGAGCUGCUCAACAGGAGUAAGGAGGACGUGGAGAUAAUAGGCUGCCGCGACGGCUGGGACUACGACCGCACGUGGUACACCAGCACGGCGCCCUCGCAGCAGAGCUGGGUGUGCGACCGGGAGCUGCGGGUCACCAACACCUUCGUGGCGAGCCAGGCGGGCGACCUGGUGGGCUCCUUCGUGUUCGGCCAGCUGGGCGACAUAAUCGGGCGGCGGCCCGUGUUCCUGAUCACGCUCUCGCUGCUGGUGGUGGGGCGCAGCAUGGCCACCGUCGCCGCGGGCGUCUACCCGCUGUUCCUGGCCACGUGCUUCCUGGGCACCGUCGCCACCAACUCCAUCUGCGUGUCGUGCGUCGCCGUGGGCAUGGAGAUCUCGGCGCGCGACCAGAGCUCGCACAUCGCCAUCCUGCAGUGCCUGGGCUGGACGGCGGGGCUGUGCCUCAUGCCGAUGAUCGCCUGGGCCACGGGCGACUGGAAGAGCUUCCUGCUCAUCUCCUCGCUGCCCUGCAGCGUCUUCUUCCUCACCGUCUGGAUGUUCCCCGAGUCGCCGCGGUGGCUGGCGGCGCGCGGCAGGACGCGGGAGUGCCUGCGCCAGCUGCGGGGGAUCGCGCGGGUGAACGGCACGGCCGUGCCCGAGAGCGCCGCCGAGGUGCUGCGCAAGCUGGGCGAGGACAAGGAGACCAGCUACGGCUUCGCCAGCCUCUUCUCCAGCUGGACGCUCGCGCGCAACACCUUCCUCGUCAUGCUGUGCUGGCUCAUCAACAUGCUGUCGUACUACACGCUGACGCUGAACGUGACCAACAUGUCGGGCAACCCGUUCCUCAACUUCUUCUGGCAGGCGCUGGUCGAGCUGCCGGGCUACCUGGCGGGCCGCGCGCUCAGCGACCGCUACGGCCGCCGCUGGACCCAGUCCGCGGGCUUCGCGGCCAUCGUGGUCGGCUGCGUGGGGCUCGUCGUCACGUCCAUAGACCCGACGUUGGAGUGGCUGACGACGACCAUGGUGGUGUUCGUGAAGUUCUGCUUCACGGUGACCAACUACGUGAUCUACCUGCAGGGGAUCGAGAUCUACCCCACGUGCAUCCGCCAGAGCGGCACCUCCGUGGGCACGCUCGUGUCCACGUCGCUGGGCAUGGUCAGCCCCUACAUCGUCUACCUGGGCUCGACGACGGACGUGCGCCUGCCGUACCUGAUCCUGGGCUGCAUGGCGCUGCUGGGCGCCGGGGCGGCCGCCUUCCUGCCCGAGACGCUGGGCGUCAAGCUGCCAGAGACGCUGCACGACGCGCAGCGCUUCGGCGUCGACCAGCGCUUCUGGAGCCUCGGCCGGCCCGCCCCGGCCGCGCCCGGCUGCAGGAGCAGGAAGCAGCAGCAGCAGCAGCAGCAGCGGUCCGAGCUGUGAGCGCCCGCGCGCUCGCCGCCUUGCUGACACGCCCCGAGGCGAUACUUAUCGAUGUAUCGAUACUGUGGGCGCCGCGCUCUCCCCGCCUUGCUGACACGCCCGAGGCGAUACUUAUCGAUGUAUCGAUACAGAACGGUCCGAGCUGUGAGCGCCGCGCUCGCCGGUAGCCUACAACUCACAUAGUUUCGGUUCCCUACCACGUUCGUGCAACUUCGGAUUUCUCUAAAAAAAAUUGAAAUUAAAAUUAAAUCGAAGGGUUAGGUUAGGUUAGGUCAGUCACAACAUGCUUGAACUUCUGAUUUAGCUGCUGAAGUGGCGUUAAUACCAAAACGCAAAACUUCGGAAAUCUUCGGAAAUUAUUGCAGGGAACCGAAACUAUGUGAGUUGUAGGCUUCCCCCGCGCUCGCCGCCUUGCUGACACGCCCGAGGCGAUACUUAUCGAUCUAUCGAUACAAACAAACCUUUACUGCACGUUCAUCACCAAAGACGAAGUGCUUACCAAUGUUGGUUAACGUAUUUCAACUUGGCAAUGAAUAACUGGUUUGUGGCCAAAAAAAAACUAAUAAAAUAUUUAAGAUGUAACACUAACCGUCUGGGUAAUGUUUAUGUACUUAGAAAAAGUUGUUAACGUGAAAUCAUUUCAAUCAUAUAAUUAGGGCGUAAAAACACAUCACCAAAAAAAAAAAUUAUGGGAAAUAAAGAUCUAUGUUACGUCAAAUUAUCUCAAUGAAAUUAUUCUACUUCAGCGAUUAGUUCUGUGGUGUUUGUUAAAAUUAUUAAGGUCACACACAAUUCAGAUGCUUAGUGACAAUCUUGAAUUCUUUAAAUUUUGCAAUAAGUCAAUUGUUCAGCUCCAAAAUGAAAGGCGUAUACCGGCCUUGGCAAGCACUAAGUCGUAUUAUAUGUCUUUUAUUCGUGAUGAACCUGCAUUUAAAGUUUAUCGGUCUGUUUCAGACUCAUACGGUUGAAUAACAUCGGUUGUAGGUAUACGUCGGUAUCUAAAAUAUUGACCCAGCAAACUGCAAUACCUACUCAAAUAUCCAUACCUCAGGUAUUGUGAUAAGAAAUGUAUCGCUCUGUGUUAUUUAAUUGUAUUGCAUUUGCGAAAAUGGAAAACUAUUGCAUCGUGAUCGAUGUAUCGACGUGACGCACAGUCCCGCGCUGCGUCAGACAGUUGUAUGCUCCAUCCAUCCCAAGGCGGCAGCCUGCAUCACACGGGCCCGCAUAUAGUCCGUCUCACCUUAGACUGCAGUACAGAGGAAAUGGAGACCGCUCUUGCCAGACUGUUGCUACGCGGCUUGCUCACAUUAAAAAGUUUACAUUGUACACCACCUUUAAUUAUAUGUUUUAAUAUUUUGAUUUAAUUUUACUAUUUGAUGUUUUUAUAGGCUAUAAAUUAGUGUCUAUCGACAUUAUUAUAGAUGCAGUAUUUUUCUGUCCUGUGUCCUUACGCAUAAGCAACACGGACCAAAAAAACUAUGCGACCGAGCGGAGAUGCUUUUCCGAAAAGACAACCCCAAAUAUCUUUAAAAAGUAAUUAAUCCCUACUAGCGGUGUACCAUAGAUAUACCUACAGAAUAUUUACAAAAAGGAAACUAAAUAAAGUGCCUGAGCCAUGAAAAACGAAUAAUAAUUAUUUAUUACACCAAAAAAGAAUUUUCCCACAGUUACCAAUUGGUUUACUUUUGUACAAAUGCUAUAAAAUAAAAUUAAUAAGCAUAAUGCGAAACGAUUGAACCUAACAGCCAAAGUUACAAAGCACCUACUUUGUUUCAUUAUCAUUCAAGCCAAAAAGAAAAUUGGAAACAUAAAAACAUUAAACCUAAUUAUUUCACUCACUAGCGAUCAUCAACAAACAUAUAUUUUAUGCCACUAAUCUAUUUAGUCUCGGCCAACAAAGUUUUAAAAAAAAAAUCAUUACAUAUUUUUAAUUUAGUCUGUAGUCUUUCGGGCGACGACUUCUCAAAUGGAGUAAACAGGAAGUAAUUAUGUCCCUACAACUGCUCAAUGAAAGAUAACAUCCGUAAGGAAAGACAGACCAAUUCAUGCAAGACGCGAUUCCAUUUCGCGUCGACGACUGCUGAGGUCUCUCGGGAAAGUUUCCAAAUUUUACAGUCAGGUGGCGCCUCAGUUCAUCUUUCGAACGAGCUCACAACCCCAGCAUAAACAGUUAGUGCAAAAUACCACGAACUCAGCACUUGUUUGUACUUGCACUGGUGACAUGUUCGGAAGAAGGCGUUGCGGCUACUUUACUGUACUACAAAAUAUUUGGCCCCAAAUUCACGGUAAGUUUACGCCACACCACGAUAUGAGUCCAAAGUUUUCAGCCUGGGUUAAAAUGUACCUACCAUCAGCGGCGUCGCUCACAGCACCUGCCAGCGCCAGGCGGCUAAGGUAACCUCUCCUACAGCCCGGCGCAACAACCGUCAGUCAAGCAUAGUCAAGUAGGAACACCUGCACUGCGUAGUAACUGUGGUGCUGGUUUUUCCCUUUCCACAGCAUCGUUCCCGGUAAAGAUUUACACUAGGCACUAGUAGGAAAAUCUUAAAUGCUGUUCAUGGUUUGUGUUACUGAAAUCAUUAUACAGGAACCAACAGUAAAUACCAAAACUCUCCAAAAACCCAGGGGGGGGGGGGGGGCCUUUCACUCACGCCGAAAAAAAAAAGAAAACCCAGGUCUAUGCCUAUCCAGGACAUGACAAAUGAAUUACUUCGUUUAGCGGCGUUGUAGAUAGAGAGGGUAGGUAGUUGCCAUCCUCCAGAAUCGAUGGCCUAACAUCACGCCCCCGACGGCGUCUGUAGCAACGCCCGCUUCGGUAACAAGCAGGCUGACUCCCGCAGGCCACCCAUACUCCUCGACAGCUCAACUUCACUCGUCGGCAGCUCGGCACCAUAGAACAAGGAGUGAGGUACUCGGCACAUUCUCCCCUGGCGCGCUGUCCGAGCUUCUCCUCUCGCUCGAGGUCCACCCCCGCGCCAUCGUCGCCAUCCAGCGUCCGGCCUGGGGAAGCCUACGAUUCACUCGUCCUUCUGGACAUAUCCGAAUACUCACGUUGGCAAGCCUUCUUUUCACAGACGAGAGAGCCAAACCCGAAGUUCCCCGAAGUUCAUGCUCGUUUUGGUUUUCCGUACCACAACAAGUAUAUUUAUUUGGGGGAAACCGUUUACAUGAUUUCACAGUAUCUUUAAUGUAGCUAUCUACCGUCCACAAUGUUUUUAAGUAUUUAUAAUGUAGUUAACCUAACCUAAUUGACCAUUAGUUAUCAUGAAUUGUAUAUUUUUUUACAAUGAACAAAAAAAAACGAAGAUGAACAAUCGGGCGUUUGGCUCUCUCGGCUGUUGAAAGAAGGCUUGCCAGCGUGAGUAUUCGGGUAUGUGCAGAAGGACGAGUGAAUCUUAGGCUACCCUCCGGCCUCCGGCAGCACAACGCAAUCGUGCCAACUUCUGCUUGCCAACUUUCCCUCAACAACCACCAGAAACUUCAAACUGAAGUUCAAAGAUAAAAAAUGUGCUUCUUUAGGCUAGUUUAUAAAUUUAAAAAACAAAAAAAAAAUACGUUUUAGGGCUAACAAAGAAAUACAUCAUACCUAUGUUUAGUCUUUAAAAAAGGUAACCAACUGCAAACCCGUUAAAAACAGCAACCAAAACAAUACAAUAACAUUUUAAACCUAAUGUCAAAAAAAUAAAACUUACAAAAAUAUAGUAAGUUAAACCAGGUGCCACAAUUUCAGGCAAAAAAAAAUUCAAUUUUAAAUACAAAUUUUAUAUAUUAUAGGAGAAAGUAUUUGUAGCAUUCGGUCACUAUUAAUGACAAGGCAUUCCAUAAAAUUGUGUGCAUUGCUCAAAAGAAAAAAGAAAAUUAAUAUACAAUUAUUUUUUUUUAAAAAAAAUUGCAAAAACAGCUGAAAAAAGGACGGCGUCUUGCAAUUACGAUCCCUUGUGAAAAAAACUAUAUUAUCAGAUGAUUCUCUUGAUCUCUUAAUGAAAUACAAGAAUAAAAUGACUUUCCAAAUUUUCAUUCCAAAUUUUUAACUAUACAAAAUACAGGAAAAGUUUCAGAUACUUACAGGUACUUACAUUAAAAAAAUUCAUUAUUUUACAAAGUUUUAGCUUAAAGUUUUGUCUGAGUGUUUAUCUGGCAACAUAGCACACCGAAACAAUGAUAGCGCUAACGCCAGAUAUUGUGCAUUCGAGAAAGUGAGUAGAUUCCAGUUAAAAUGCACACUGCAAACUAAGGAUGAGACGCACUAUAGCUAGGGAUGGAUCUAGGCCCUGUGUGUGCGUGUUUGGAGAGAGGCGUGAUGGAGGAGUUGCCUCUAGUUGCUCUAAACUGGCGGCCAGCAGUUUUCCCGUCGUACACAGUGCAACCGUGAAACUAUCAGUGGCGAUUCGAACGUUUUAUGGCGUACAGGUCUCUUGAAAGUCGCAAUGGUGCUUACGAAAUCUGUUGAAGCAAAUCUUUAUUCUGAAAUCACACGUUUUAGCAGAUUCAACUGUUCGAUGAAAUACAUUGCAGCGAUGAAACCCGAGAGUAAACUACAGUAAGCAUUCUAACUUGUCACUGCGUUAAAACUUUCACGACCAGAUUUUAAAAUAAGCUUCUUUUUUUUUCCUGAAACUCUGCAAGCCGUUUGGCACCCCCUGAAGCGGAACCUACACCAAUCAGCUCAUUACUUCAUAUUUGCAUUAUGAUUGUUAUAAUUGUUGACUUUGAAUUAAAGUUGCAUUAUGACAGUAAAAAUAAAGGAUUUACACUGUGUUGGUCAACCCAUAAGGAGAAUUCAAUUUAUUUACCUAGCUAAAUAUUUGUCGUUUAAAAAACAGUUUAUACAACUGGUUAUUUCGUGACACAGUUUUCUCUUAUCAAUUUACAUAGCAUUGUUGAGAAGUCAGGAUUGUCAAAAUAUUUUAGUAUUGAACACCUUUAUAAUCCUUUUCAAUGUGAAUCAUCUGACACGUUGGUGGUUAUACAGUGAAUCAAUGGUCGUUUUACAUUCAUCAAGUUCUUCGAUUUAGUGUAGGAGUUUACCAAUAACUACUUAAUUUAUAAAAUCAGAAAUUAAAAUGUAUUCAUGCGCAGCCGUUUGUUUCAUUUUUAAUGUGCUAAUUUCUUGACAUAUAAUUGAUUAAAUACCUAUUGGGUAUAUUUUUUUCGUAAUAGGUUCGAUUUACUGGGUUUCUUUUACAAUUAUCGUAUUUAAAGAAUCCCUACAUACCAAUUUAACAUAAAUUUAUAAUACCUUGUGGUCUGAAAAUGUAGGUACGCAUUUUAAUGGUGAGAACUCAAACAAGAGAAGUGAGGUUUGUUUUACUUAUCAGGUAUCGUUCGCUGGGUAAGUAAUUUAAUUCUCAACAUGAUAAGUAUUUAGCUGUGUUAUUUAUUAUUUUUAACAUAAGAAAGCACUAGACUUAAAAAUUUUUUUGUUUAAAAUGUAUUGUUUUAAUUUACAAACGAUACUUCGAAACUGAAAGACGGAAGAAAAUUGUGUGACAAAAUAGUGAUUUGAUAAAUACGUUAAUCCGAAUUGAUUACAAGCUUCAGCUGUGAUAUUUAUGAAGUGAAAGCAAGAAGAAGAAUAGUUACGAAAAACUCUUUGUGUGAUUUGUUUUAGUGAAAUAACAGCUGGCAUUCAUUUCACAUAAAAAGUGGUCUUCGUAUCAACAAAUGAACUUCAAACAAAUGGUAGGUAUGUAUAAAAACAUUCCUAAUAGAAGUAAAGAUGAACCUUCGUGUAUUUUACUUAGUAGAAUUAUUAAGUUUCAACUCUUCUUGUAAUUGUGGUUCGUUAUUGUGAAAGAGUGUAUUUCCAUAUAGCUUGAUAUGUCCUAACAUUUGAAAUUCAAAUAAAAUAUUUUUUUCCAUUUUUUUUCUGAGGAUUUAUUGAGGUUUUUUUUCAAACCUUCACCGUCUAUUAUUUCUACAAUUAUAUUAUAGCUAACAUUCCAGAACGUGUGUAUAUGCUUGGAAUGCUACUUUGUAUUUUAAAAAAAAAUGUACAUGCGCUAUUGCAUUUUUGCACUGUUUGUAAUGUUCAAGAAGAAAAAUAAUAAAUAAAAAUAAAACAUUAAAUCACAGAGAACCAAGCCAAAAUAAGCUGGUGUCGAACACGUGGACCCAACUAAACAGGUAUUAUGGACAACAUAUUCAAACUUAAAAUAUCAAACAGUACAAAA